CCGGCAGAAUCUCUCGCCGUCGCCGCUCUCUGAAACACCGCCGGAUCUAAUCUCAGAAGAGCUGAUCCAAUUGAAGGUGUUGAUCAGUGCAAUAAAGGAAUUUUGAAGCUGUUCUUUAUCUCCAAUCACAGUACAGUGUUGCUGAGUGCACUAAAGGAAUUUUGAAGGUUUUCUUUAUCUCUAAUCACAGGACAGGACAGGUGAGUUGACAUGGGACCAAAGAAAGUAACAAACCGUGGAGGGAGAAAAAAGAAGAAAGAUUCUGAAGAGCCAGAAUUCUUGGGUACAAUAAACCCGCCACAACCUGAUCAUAAGUUACAACACAACCAGCGUCUAGAAGGAGUUCAGCCUUUAGAAGAGCAGGAUCAGCAUCCUUCAGAAGAGCAGCCUGUAGAAGCUCAGCCUUUAGAAGAGCAGGAUCAGAAUCCUUCAGAAGAGCAGCCUGUAGAAGCUCAGCCUUUAGAAGAGCAGGCUCAGCAUCCUUCAGAAGAGCAGCCUGUAGAAGAUCAGCCAGGAGUUAAUGAUGGGACUAACGAGCACGAUCAUGUAGCUAAACCUACACGUAAGAGAAAGCGAGGACCAACAAGAUUGAGAGACAUCGCCAGGAAUCCAAAUAGCAGAUUAAAGGUUAACUUCACUUUCAUGGGAGAACAUUAUGGUCAUGGGUCUGUUAAGUUGUCAACGUAUCUUGGUAUAAUUGUGCGAGAACACGUUCCUGUAUCCAUUGAAAGUUGGCCAAAAGUCCCUCAGGAUAUGAAGACAAUGCUCUGGAUGUCUGUCAAGUCAAGGUUUGAAGUAGAAGAAGAUUACCAAAAGAAAGCAUUGAUUGAACAGAUGGGAAAUUUGUGGAGGUCACACAAGUCACGAGUGGUUAGGGAAGUUAAUGAAGCUACGACUUUGAAAGAUAGGAUGGAUCUGCGACCUAAGAAUGUUACUGAAGCUGCUUGGCGUAAAUUUGUCAAGCUCAAAACUAGUCCUGAGUUUAAGGUUGUGAGUGAUAGCUAUAAGAAAAGGAAGAGCCUACAGAUUCCACACACUUGUAGUCGCAAAGGAAUGGUUAGACUAGCUGAAGACUUGAAAGAAGAGAGACGAGAGAAAUCAGAUCCUUCUGAUGUGACAAGAACUGAUGUGUGGGUGAGAUCGCGUACUAGAAAGGAUGGGACACCAGUGAAUACUGAUGCAGCUGAAAAAAUUAAAAAGGCAGCUGAACUUGUUAAUUCUGUUGAAACAAAUGAAGGACAAGAUACACUUGUCGAACUAUUAGGACCUGAUAAUCCCGGUCGAAUGAGGGCAAUGGGGAGAAAUAUGACUAAGACGAAAUUAGCUUGUUUCGAAGUUAAUCACAAGUGUAUGGUUGAAAUGGAAAAGAAACAAAUUCAUCUCCAGGACAAGGUUAAUGAGCUAGAAAAUAAACUUGGUAAACUGCAGAACCAGGGACAAGAAACUGAAGUUGGUGAAAACUCUAGAUCUGCUGCAGGGAGUGUUAACAAGAAAGCACAACCAAAGUGUAUUUUGAUUGACUGGGCUGGUGAUGAUGCGAAUGUUGCUGAGGGACGUAUUAUAUCUACUGAUCCAGAGGAUGUUGUGAAUGGGACACGUUUAGGUCCUUUAGAUUAUAAAGUUUUGGUUGAGACUGCCACGGUACCAGAAGCAUUCCUUUGGAGAAAUGCUAUGGGAAUGUCAACAAUUGAAGAAUCUGUUGGGCAUAUGAUUGCAUGGCCUGCCACGAAGUGUGUUAGUCUAGAACAGGGGGUUCAGGAAGAAGACAUGGCACCACUAGGCACAAGAGCCAAUUCUUUGAACAAAUGCAAACUACUUGAUCUGUCUAACGAUGAUGUAGUUGUUGCUGAAGGCCGUUGGACCACGCAAGAUCGUAAAGCUUUGGUGAAUGGACUUUCACUCGGACCAAAGGCUGUAAAAGUGUUUGUUGAUGUGGUACAUGAAGCCAAUACAUUCAUAUGGAGGCCUACAAUGGAUGUUACAUACAUAGAAGACUGUUUAAUGUCCUUUGUAGCAUGGCCUUUCAACAAAGUUGUCUUCGAAAACAACCCAGAUGGAACAGGCCGGUUAUCUCCUAUUCAGAAUUAUGCAUCUACUCAAACAGCUCAUGGAAAAUCAGCAUCAUCAAGUCAAAAAUCCACAGCAACAGGUUCUAAAUCGCAACCAGCUCAUGGAAGAUCAGCAUCGGCAAGUAAAAAAUCCGCAGCAACAGGUUCUAAGUCGCAUAUGCAACCAAUCUCAGCAUCAUGUGAGAAGUCUCCAACAACAGUUCCAAAAUCUAAUGCAGUGGAAACUCAAACAGCUGCACCGUCCCGGCCUCUUCGAAGAUCUCCGGUAACUUAUUUUAUAUGUUCUAAAGUUGAUUAUGGUUUUGUCUCAUUUUACUGUAGUAAUUGGUUAAUAUGGUCAACUUGUCAGCGGAAAAAGGAGCUAUACAGGAAAAUCAGAAGUGUAUGUUACUGGAUAUUAAAGAAAGGAAGCAAGUUGUUGCUGAAGGACGGGUGAUUUCAACUGAUCCAGAGAGACGUGUACACUGUGCUCCUUUGGGUCUUAAUGCUGCGCAAGUUUUGGUAGAUAUAGUCCAGGUAGAUGAUGCAGCCAUUUGGAGGACAUCAUAUGAGAUUGAGUAUAUGAAAGAUGCACUUGGUUCAUUUAUCACAUGGCCAACUGAUAACUUGGUCAUGUAUUGACUAUCGUCCAACUGAGGGGAUGAAGCAACUUUGGUCCAGCUAGCUUAAUUUAGGUUAAGACUAGUCUUUAUGUAUUUUGGAUUCAGAAUGUUUAAUGUUUGGUAUGUUGGAUUUGGAAUUGUUUUUGGUAUGUUGGAUUCGGAAUUGUGUUUGGUAUGAUGCGGAAGUGUUUUAAGUAUGUUGGAAUGUUUUUGAGAUGUUAUAAAUGGUUUCAUUUUA